AUGUCCUCGCAGAAAUGGAGGCCCGUCACCGCGGAGCAGAGAUCUCCAGAAAGAGCCAUUUUGUGGGCCUUCAUUUUCCUCUUCUCCGCUCGAGAACGACUGACAGCUCGCUUUCUUUCUGAUCUGCUCCCCCCGGGUGUGUGCAACCUCCUGAACCCUUCCACCAUCUAUGCCAACAACGAGGUGUGCCUGGCUGACAUUGAGAUUUAUGGUUUCGACUACGACUAUACUCUGGCCCUCUACUCCAACUCCCUCCACUCCAUGAUUUACAACACUGCCCGGGAUAUCUUGGUGGAACAGUAUAAGUAUCCCGAAGGAAUCCGAAAGUAUGAUUACCUGCCAAACUUUGCCAUCCGAGGACUGCACUACGACAUCCCCAAGGGCUUACUGAUGAAGAUCGAUGCCUUCCAUUACAUCCAGCUGGGCACCGUAUACAGGGGCCUCAAGCCAGUCCCAGAUGAAGAAGUGACUGAGCUGUAUCAAGGCACACAUCACAUCCCCCUCCAUCAGGUUAGCGGAUUCUAUGGCAAGGGACCAGCCGUAAAGCAAUUCAUGGACAUCUUCUCCCUUCCCGAGAUGACCCUUCUCGCGGUGGCCAACGACUUCUUCAUUUCCAACGAUAUCGACUAUGACCCCAUCCACCUAUACAAAGACGUCACGGACGCCAUCAGGGAUGUCCACAUCAAAGGCCUCAUGUACAAGUGGAUCCUCCAGGACUUGGAGAAGUACAUCCUUCGGGGCGAGGAGACUUAUGCUGUCCUGCGCCGCCUGGUGGACAAUGGCAAGAAGCUGUUUCUCAUCACCAACAGCCCCUUCAGCUUUGUUGACAAAGGCAUGAAGUACAUGGUGGGCAAGGAGUGGAGAGAUUUCUUUGACAUAGUCAUCGUGCAGGCGGAUAAACCACAUUUCUUUAACGAUGGCGUCAAGUAA